UGCACUAAAGGAAGUGGAUAUGGAUCGACCUUAGUUAUCUUAUUUAACUUCCUAUAGUCCACCACGAGUCUUUGGCCUCCGCAUUUCUUCUUUACUAGCAAAGCAGCCGAACUCCAAGGGGAAGUCGAGUGUUCUAUGAUGUUGUGUUCUAACAAUUUAUCAAUUAUCUCAUUCAGCUGCUGCCUCUGCGCAUAAGGGAUUCUAUACGGUGGGGAGUAUAUGGGCGCUGCAUCACCAGUGUUAAUUUCAUGUUGCACUAUAUUGCAAUACCCUAAAUCGUAAUCAUUAAGCCCUAAAUCGUAAUCAUUAAGCGCAAAAACAUGUCUAUACUUAUAUAAUAACGUCUCCAGUGCUUUCUUUUCGUUUGUAUUAAUUCCUGUCCAAUCGAAGAGUUGACUAAACUCCUUUUUGGAUAAUUCAGCUGUCACUCCUUUCUUAAUAUUUUUAGGAGGUGUGUCUUCUUCGAUAGCUUCUAAAAAUGCACCUACUUUUGUGCCCUUAUUUAAUUUGACUGUCUUAUGAGUAGUGUUACAGAGUCUGACGGGAACUUGUCCCUUUUUAUUGGGAGAAACUAAAAGAUCGACUCUCGAAACUCCUUCUUGUUCUAAUGGAACAGUUUCUAUUACUCCUAUCCUAAUAUUUCUAUUAGCUCCCGCAAUUUUGGCAGUAACUAUACUUUCAGCCCUGGGAGGUAAUCUAUAUGUUUCUAUUAAAAUAAAUUCGCAUUCUUCUUUCAUCUUAUCUGACCGUAAUUUUGAUCGCUUUUUGUUUUGGAUGUCAUUAUUGAGAGGGGAAACUGCCUCUGUGGGUUGACCUACUUCUGAUCUGUUUCUCUUUCGGCUGUUUUGUUUUGCCGUGUGUAUCCUCCCUUCCGGGGAAAUUAAUUCAUUCUCGCUGUUGCUUGUAAACCUAUCUUUAUCAAGGAAAGGUACUGUAGUUUGAAAGGGUAUAGUCAUCAUCCCAUUUCGAAAGUCAAGGAGACAUCCCUUUUUUAAGAUCAUGUCCCUGCUGAUUAUGCCGUCACAUGGGUAUGUGACGUCUGCAUCCACGAGACAACAUGCAAAUGGAAAUCGUAAGUCCCCGAUCUGGAAAAUAGGAUUCAUAAUACCGUACGUUUUUAUACGAUGUCCGGUUGCGCUUCGUAAAUCCGUAUACUUAUUAUAAUUAAUAUCGACUUCUUCCCUUAUUUUCUCCGCAAAUGUUUUAGAUAUAAGUGACACCUUUGCUCCUGUGUCUACUUGUAUGGUGGCGGGAAUCCCCUCUAUGUAACACGAAAACGUCGCUUCACUAUGCAUCGGCAUAUUUUUGUUUACUCCUAUAGGUGAAUAUAGCAGUUUUCGGCACCGUUGGACUUUGUUUGUUUCUCAAUAAAAUUUGGGAUAUGGUCUGAGUUUCUAUUUCUUUGUAUAAUAAGGGCGAGUAUAGUUUUUUCGAUGUUUAUAUCGAAUUCGUCGACCCUCUACGCUCGUAACAUUACCUUUCCAUCGGUUUCGGCUUUCUUCUGGUUCUGGACGACUAAAACUAACUCUAUUUUCAUCUAUUUCUCUUUUUCGCUUGUUUGGGAAGUUAUGUUUCGGUUGAGACGGCCGUUCGCUUCUGUCAGUCCUCUGUCGUGGAGGAAAAUUCUGACUUCGAUUGAGCGGAGCAGAUGGCCUAUUUGCUUGACGACCGGGUGAUGUCGGACGUCGUUCGCUUUGCCAGAAAUUUGCGUUUGGUUCGAAAUCCCGUCUAUUGCGCUCAUAGCUAUGUUUAUUUCUGUUAUUUAAAGCUAGAUUUUUCGUUAUUCUGUCCAUUCGUACCUUAAGUUCAUUGAUUGCGGUAGUUUAUUUUUCCCAGUUAUUGCGAGACUCCGUUGGUGGAUCAGAAACCUCCUUAACUGUACGCAUGACCCCGCGUGGGUGGGCUGUAACCUUUUCUAUCAUAUCCUCACUGAUUGCCGCUUGUAACGCUUCAUCGAACGAGGUUGGUUCACGCAACAUGGUUUUUUAUCUUAUUUUUACUUCUAGUUUAUAUAAGAAUUGGGCUUUCAACCUCUCAUCAAGUUCUCGGUCUUGAACUCUCCGAAUUAUGGCUGUUUCGGUUGCAUUGGCACCUACCUGUUCAAUUUCGAUUUCUGUGGCUAGUGAUUGUAAUCGCAUCGCGUACGUCUGUACAUCUUCGUCCCAUUUCUGUACACAUGCAUAAAAUUUAUUAAGUCUAAGUGUAUAAGGGAUCUGUCCAAACCUCUUAAUCAUUAUUUUUUAGAACGUAUCAUAAUCUCCUACAUCUUUUAUCUGUCUGCCUUUCCGCACGAAUUCCUGCGCUAAACCUGCGAGUUUUAAUUUAGCGAUCGCCAGCAUUUGAGCUUUUGACCAACCCGCUAUCUUUGUUAUAUCUGUGAGCGAUUCGAAAAAAUCCGUUAUUCGGGUACCAUCUGGAUCACCCGUAAAUACCGGCAGCAGUGGAAUCAUUCCGCCAAUGCCUCCUAAGGCCAAUGGGUUACCCGCCGAAGUCGCACCAGGGGUUUCGUUUUCCAUUCCGCCUAAUUUCUUAUUCUAUUUGUGAAGACUCGUACUAUAGCCUUUUAGCCUUGUCGGAUAAUAACCCCACUCCUGACACCAAUAUGUGAGAAUCGGGGUUUUAGCAUCAAAGCUUAAACCGUUUUCCGACAACGGGAAGGUGAGUCCUGCUCACAGGGUCAGUGGAUGGCAAUUUAGGAGGGCGAAAAUCGAGUGGGAGGUCGCGGAUAAGUGGACAAGGUGUUGACCGAGUACGAGUAAACACACAUAUUUAAGAUAACAUAUAUAUAUAUAUAUAUUUAAUUAACUAAUGAUAUAUAUGAAAAGGUUACAAUAAUUAAUAAUACUGCUAAUCUCUAACCGAAGUUACAAUAGGCGGUUUUUCGGUAUACAUCUCUAUAUUUACGAUAAAGGAUAUUCUUUGGUCCUUCUUAAAAUCUUUUUAGGAAUUAGCUUUAGUCCACUCGAGAGAAGGGAGAGAGUUCUACUUACUAAGUUGUAGCUUGUAGAAUCUAACCGUGUUGUCCGUCUUUGGCGGUCAGCGAUGAGGAUCGUCAAUCGGUUAUUUCCUUCUAAGUUGGAGGCCACCUCGAUACUGGCCGGGAGCCUUCUUUAUACCCAUUUCGAGGGGGUGAGAACUAUGACGUUAUUAAUGAUUUAGCCGCACACCUGCUAGUGUGUUGAUAUUUGGAUCUAGCUAGUUCGGACAAUUGACAUAGAGAAAUUUGUUCAAUUUAUUGAUAUUGGUGUCAAGAUGAUAUGAUUUUAUGAUAUAAAUUUCUAUAGGUUUGAUGGCUCUCAUCCAUAAAUUAACAAUCAUUUGACAAUAAUUUCUUUAACCUGGUCAACUAUCUAGUUAUUGUUUAUAUCAAACGUCGUGUUUGACUAUGAACAAGGCGAUUUAUUGCCGUAACCACGUGUUACGUGCAACCAACAGGUGAUAAGAAAUAUCUCUUAUUCCCUUCUUGUUGAUACUAACGUCUAUAGAAUAACCGUUAAACAAAUAGAGAUGAUUUCUCUUAUUGAUAUUUUAACAUUCUCUGUUUUUUUCUUAUUCGAGGAGAGCGUCUCGGUCAUUGACCGUAGAAGUCCUCCUUUUCUCUUUUACUAGGAAAAUUCCUAGAUUUAUACUGAUCUAAAACAGAAAAAAGUUUUCGGACCUUCACAUUAUUCUUCACUCGGCAAGAGUCUGUAUCAGCUGAAGUAUCUUCCAACAAUCGUAAAAUCAGGCAAUAUUACAUAAAUGAAACUACGAUAACAUCUUCAACUGAUACAUUUUUUCAACUAUUCUUUAAUGUAAAAUAUUUCUGAUUUUACAAAAAUAUGUUUUUUGUAUUCAUUUUGAAAUAUUCAGUAAGUAAUUGGUAAUUACUGAUAAACGUUAAACGUCAUUAGUACAGAUUUAUUAUAAUUAUUUAACAAAAUCUUUUUAUACGAUUAUUGGUAUUUUAUGGCUGAUUAUUUUUAUUUGUAGGUCACUUUAAACUGACAAAUUAUACAUCAUUAAAUGACUUUAAAAUAUCACAAGUUAUUCACGUAUCAAUGCAAAUAUAAAAUCUAUAUAAAUAUAAAGCCAAAUCAAGUAACUAAAUUUAUAUAUGUGAUAGUGUGACUUUCGUUCCUAGAAUAUUAAUAAACAGAACAGAGAAAAUGGGGAAUUAUAUUUCAAAAUUAAUCAGCAAUUUUAGAAAAAUUGAAGUUUUCAGCAGGAAAAACAGUUCAAAUUUCAUUUGGACACGAUCGGAUCGUUGUGUAUAUUAUAAUUUCUAUGCUACAUUUUCUGUAUGUAAAGUCUUUGGCAUCGAACCGUUCGAAAAAUGCUGUUGUUUCAAUGAUAGAAUUUAUGGAAUGUCACAAAAUACAAUGAGUACAUUUUAUAGUUAUUACGUGAAUAUACUUCAAUGUUUCUUAUGGUUAUCCUCGCUUUCAUUAUUUCUGAUGAUUUUCAACGAGAAUUAUAUUUGCCAUCGAUGUUUUCAUCUGUACAAAAAAUAUGGAAUAGAAAUGAAUGUCGUGCUUUUAAUUCUAAAUAUCUACGUUGCAAUUCAAUUUACAAUUCUGAAGAGAAACAAAGUUUUUGGCCAUUUCAUAAAAAGCACUUACCUUAGCGAAAAACAGUUGCCAGUUCAAUUGGAAGUGCCUCUAUUAGGGUAUUUGUUUUGCGUAUUCGUCAUCGCUUUAUUUGUUUCGAAUGCAGCAGCGAUAAAUGUGUUUCCAACAGUCAAGAAAUAUGCUGGAAGUGAAUACGAAGCAACUUUUUGUUCGAUUUAUUUUUCGUUACUGUUUCUGCAAUUAACAGGACAGAUAUGUUCAGUUCUUUUCGUAUUUUCAAUUUGUGGAAUAAUCAUAGCGAAAAGGCUUAUGAAGUUGUCUGAAGAACUACAACAAAUAAACACAACUUCUCUAUUACUGAAGAAUGAACUACAAGGAAUCUGCGAGAAGCACACAGAGAUUUGGGAGAUUUUUCAAAUGAUCAACAAGAAAUGGAGAGAACUUUCUGCUUUGAUAUAUGCCCACUUUACAUACGAGACAUGUUUUUUGUGUUACGCUGCCUUGUUCUUUGAUUUCAACCUUCAAUCUCGAGUCUUUUUUAGUGGAAUUUCGUUGAUAUUCUUAACUGGAAGUCUUUUGGUUUCUUGGUCUCUUUCUUAUUUGACUUCUUUGGUAAUUAUAUUUUAUUUUUCUUAUUAUAUUUAUUAGCUAUGUGAAUAAUGUUACAAUGUCUAUGUUAUAUCGAUAAUUUUCUACGUAGAUAUCAUUUUAUAACACAUAGCUAAUAUAAAAAGUAUUAAAAGUAAUAUUAAAAGUAAGUGAUAUUCUGUAGCUAUAUUAUUUAAUCAGUCUUUAAUUAUUCAAUUAAAUUACUUCAAAAAUAUUUCUUUUUGCGGUAAGAAAUCAUGAAAUUACCUGACAGAAUUUCAUAUGAUAAGCAGGAAAGUGUAAAAUUAAGUUAAAAUAAAAGUUUUAUUAAGUUGAUUUUGCUUCGUUUUAAUAAGCGAAAAAAAAAAUCUAAAGUAUUCUGUAAAUAAAAUUUUGUUCGUGUAAUUAACUAUAAUUAAAACCGCACAUUUAAAAACUACACUUAACAUUAACAAUAAAUAAUUAAUAACAAAGUUAUUUUAUUUUCAGCUCUAUGAUAACUUCAUUUCUAUACAGAGAUUUUCAUCAAACAACUUGUCAAUUUUAUUCAAGUUUAAGGUAUAGUAUUAGGAAGUAAUAGUAUAAUAUGCAAGUAGUUUAUAAUAUAGAAAUGAAUGAAAAUUUGACACACGUGCGGAGCGAGUGGGCAAAUUUCCACGAAUGGGAUAAUCACUAAUUAUAAACGAAUUGUUAUACGGUAGUUUGUAGUUAGACUACUCCUAUAAUACUAUACUGUACUUAUAAAAAUAAAAAUUAUGUAUAAACACAUUGUCUGUGCAACAAUUGAUACAUAUAGUUCCCAUGCUAUAAAAUGUUUACCUCACUGCUUUAUGGCACGGAUGCCAUAAACACUGUGUUUAUACAUGAGUUUGUGUUCUAUAAAUACAGUGUUAGAGGUGUAGUCUACCAUAAGUUUUUUUAAAAUCUAAUUAUUUACGUCGAUUAUGUAAUUAUUUUUUUAAACAUUCUAAGGUUACUUGCUUCAUGAAAAGGUUCAAAAGAGCUAAAAUGGGAAUUUCUAUUAAUGAUUUCUUCUACGUCCAGAAAAAUUUCUUGAUUCGGGUAGUGAGUGCGUUAUACUCCAUUUUCUCUUCGGUGUUGCAAGUGACAGGAGUGAUGAACAAGCAUAAAUCAUGUAUCAAAACGUCUACAUUCAGUAAUUUCACAGUCAAUAAGUUUAAUUCUACUUUAGAAUAAAUCAACAACUUUAAACGCUUGAAAUUUCUAUUCCUGUUAGUGCUAAGAACAUAUCUUUUUGUAAAUGCAGGUUCGGUAUACACCUGUAGUAAACAUAAAUAUAUAUAUAAUUACGUAAUUAUAAUUAUAUAUAUAAAUAUAUAUAAACACGUAAAAUAUAGUGAAACAACAUCGUACGUAUACUUACAAAAAACAAAAAUAAUAUUAUAAAUAUUCAGAUUUUACGACUAUGUUAAUGCUUAAUAAUUAACAUCAUUUCUCAUUUGUUUGUAGUAGUAACUCUACUCAAUUAAGCAAACCUUUAUUAUUGUGUUUCUAUAGUAAUUUGGCUGCAAUUUUCAAAUCGAAUGCUUUAACUGAUAGCCAUUUAAAAUUGCAUACCAUUACAGUGUCACUGUUGUCCAUCUGCCCUUGAAUUUCGAAAAUGAUAAAUACAUGAAAAACCAAAUUAUAUAUAGUAAAACAUCGAUCUACAGGCUAUCAGUCACUAUAUGCCAGAAGCCAGGCAAGAUUCACUUUUAACUAGAUACGCACUUCUAGUCUGUACUGGAAGUCACGCGAUUUUUAAACACUGCAAUCAAAGGAUUUUUAUAUAUCGCAGCCUGCUAUUUUGAAUAUGUAACAAGAAAUAAAUGCACAUUAUAUCUAAGUGUUUUAUUGAUGCAAUUAUGUGAAAUUCUGUCAAAAUAUUGCAUUAUAUCUUGGUAACAUGAUACACUAAAAGAUAUAUUUAUGCACAAAUAACAGUAAGUUAUAAAAUUGUUUCAUAAGUUUAUUUUGAAAUAUUCAUUAUAAAAAAUUUUACACUUAAAAUUCAAAUUUGUAACCUUGUUAUCUUUACAUGGUACAUGGUAUAAGAUGACAAUAUUAAGUAAUAAAAUGUUUACUUAAUACAGUAAAGCCUCGAAAACUCGGCCUAAUGUGGACCGAAGGGUGGCCGAGUUUUUGAAAAUGCCGGGUUAUCGGGAAUGGGGUUA